GUCGAGGGUUCUUCGCAGAAAAUUCGACCGCUUUGCGCUUUCUCGGUCACCACCUCCACGUUUGGUAUUAUUCCUUCCGCCCGCCCGCUCGCUCCGGUCCCUCCCUUGGCCCUCGCUGCUGCCCACGAAAAUCCUCGAAUCCUCCGAGAGCCCCCAACCCCAAGGGCGGCAGAGGAGGCGUGAGGGGCUAGAGUCCCGUCCGUACGAUCGCCGCCCGCCGCCGGUUCGCCACCCCGUUCGCUGGCUUCUCGCGUCCGGAGCGCGGUUCCUCCUGUGAGGGCUAGAGGAAGGGAAGAACAGCAAUGGAUACGAACCAGGAGCUGGAAGAGGUGGUCCCAAAUGACUCAGACCCUCUUCUCGGAAGGGAGGGCAAGGAGGCGGAGUCAUCAUCAGUGGAGCUGUCUGCGCCACAACCAGCAACCGUGACCCCGCUGGAGAUCGAAGAUGAGGAGACCGAUGGUUCUUCUGCUGCAUGCUGCCGCAUUUGCCUUGAGGCAGAGUCUGAGAUAGGUGAUGAAUUGAUAUCACCUUGCAUGUGCAAAGGAACUCAGCAGUUUGUUCACCGUUCAUGCCUUGAUCACUGGCAUUCUGUUAAGGAAGGAUUUGCAUUUUCCCACUGCACAACGUGCAAAGCUCAAUUUCAUCUUAGGGUGGAGACUUGGGAGGACAACUCAUGGCGUAAAAUGAAGUUCCGGAUAUUUGUUGCAAGAGAUGUGCUCCUCGUAUUUCUUGCCGUACAGCUUACUAUUGCUAUUAUUGGUGCAAUUGCAUACUUUCUAGACAGGGAUGGAAGUUUCCGGAACAGUUUCAGUGAUGGUUGGGAUCGCUUCUUGUCAAAGCACCCAAUACCAUUCUACUAUUGCAUAGGAAUACGUGGUGGAAGACCUGUGGUGGAAGACCUUCACGGCAACUACACGGCUCCAAAGCUUGAUCCGGAACACGAGGAGCGGCUGAAGAUGAUCAAGAUCCUCUAGGGAGAGGUGCCUGCCUGAAUUCUGAAGAUGCUUCAUGGCAACCUCAUCAACAUGACAACAUGGCCCAUCCUCUUUCGUUCCAGAUCAUAGAAGGAAAAAGGCACCUUGAGUUCUAGGCUACUGUACAGAUGAAAAUCCUGCUUCAACCUGUACCGAACACCAUCAGCUGAAACAAUCCAGAGAUUCUGCUGGGCUUCACGUUUUACCCUCGGGCUAAUUCCAUCGACUACGUGUAGUGCCUGUAAUGUUUGAUGUGCAUUGUUCCUGGAUGUGAACGCCUGUACGAUUGAAGAUUCUGUUGUCUGAAUUGAUCCCCUGUGAUCUCUUUGCGUUUUGGCAUCUGAAUAAGAUCUGCUCUCGAUGCAUCUGAUGUUCAGCAA